UCGCAGCGUUGUGUUGGGAUCUUCUGGGGGAGGAAAGGUCUCAGACCUGCGCAGCGAGGAGAAGCGAAUCGAAGCUGCCUUCGAGGUUCUGAAGAAAGCAGGGGUGUUCUCGGGUCUCCGGAUUCCAUGAAGGAAGGAAGGGGCUUUUGGUCGGCUUUUCUAUUAAGAGGGGCAAGAGCUAUGCCUAUAGGAGUAUCUCUGUGAACGUUGGUUGGGGAGACGCGUGUUUAAAGUGUUAAAACCUUGUAGGCUGAGGCUGUUGUGUGUUAUAAGAACGGAGUUCUUUUGUUAAUUAGUGAAGCCUCUUAGGCUGCUCCUGCCUUCUUUUGUAUGUUUUUAAUUAAAUAUCAUAGACAUUGUUGGUAUACAGCUGCGGAUCAGGUCCGGAUUUAAGAGAGGUUCCAACACUCACUCCGGUGGUUUGUUUUCCUUUUUGUGGAUGACAGUUUGUUUUUAGAUGUCUGAGAAAAAGAAUAGAAGAUAUGAAAUGUAUGCAAAGAGAAGGAAGCAUAGGAAAUGUGAAGUUCACAGGUACAAAAAAGUAGAAACAAAAUUGUACUAUAAUUGUGUACCACUGCCAAAGUUUCCAAAUCUUUGUAGUAUUCCUCUGGGUUUUUUUGUUUUCCUUACCCAAAGGAUCAUUUUACUUUUACAAAACAAUUUUCUGCUAUGCCUGUUUCAAAAAGCUGGAAAGUUUCUCUUGAUACCUGUCAGGUGACUCUUGAAGAUUCUGUGUACUUUUAAGGGAGGAAGUACAUAUGUUGAAGUGGCUCAGAGGCUUUUCAGUAAUGCAGUUUAAUGUCUAAUGAAUUUUUGGCUAUUUAAAGCUAUUAUGUGUAAAAUGGUUCUUGACUUUUUUCUGUGUUUUAUGCAUAACUCCAAUAUUAAGAAUAGUUGCUAAAAAUGCAAAAGUACAUAUCUGGAGGCUUGGGGGCCUCGCUGUAAUAAAAAUCACUUUUACCAAAUGAACUUUAGACAAAAAGAAAUCUGCUUAGGCUACUUGCCUAAACUGUGUCUGCAUCUGCUUGCUUCACGUUAUAUACAGACUUGGUAUAUAUUACUUGGUAAUUUUGUGACUAAAUGCAAAAUAUUGCAACUUGUCUUUGCCUUCUGUAAUUGUAAAGCAACACUUGGCGGUUGAAUUAUAAAUAUUGCUUGGGUCCAUAUACUGCAUUAAACUACAAUACAGGUUUGUUUGGGUUUUUUUUUGGUUUUAACAUAUUUUAUGAUCCUAGCCAUUGUGGUUUGUAAAUCAUGGUUGAUAGCAGUGUAUUCAAAGACAACAAUUUGUGGCUUAUUAUGUAAGGCACAACUCAGUGCAGUACGUGAACUCUGUCACUGUGAGCUGUAAAAAUAUUUAACUAUUCAGUCAAAGUAGCAAAUUGUAACUCUAGUUACAGAGAAGCUGCUUCCUAUACCAUUUGAAGUACAGUUAAUUGUACAUUUUUCCUGAACUUUAUACAGUAUGCACCUUCCCCAUAGGUGCCAGAUUAUUCCGUGCUUUAAUAUUUCUAAAUCUUAUUUCCUGAAAUGACAGUGAUCUGAAGGUCUUAAUAGAUGCUUCUCCACCUAUGACUUUCCUAGGCUCCCAUCACCCUUAAGCAGGUUUCCGAUCAUCCUAUGGUAAAAGUUCCAGUCCUACAAACAAUUAAUGCUCCAAACAGUGACUGCAAGUUUAUGAAAAAAUGUAAGAACUUUAUGACAUAAACAACAGACUUCCAUUUGUAACUUGUAAUAGAAAUAUGAAAGUGGGAUUUUCAGUUGCCAUUCUUAAGGUUUAUAACUUCCUGAUAAGUGAGUCCAGUAUCUGGAGAGGACCAAAUGUGAACUGUGUUGACAGUACUGGAUACUCUCCAUUGCAUCAUGCUGCUUUGAAUGGGCACAAGGAUGUUGUGGAAGUUCUGUUGAGAAAUGAUGCAUUAACGAAUGUGGCUGACUGCAAAGGCUGUUAUCCUCUCCAUUUGGCAGCUUGGAAGGGAGAUGCUGAAAUAGUGAAACUGCUAAUACACCAGGGACCCUCCCACACUAAAGUAAAUGAGCAGAAUGCUCUUGAGAUCAAAGAACUCAAAAAGUACGGCCCCUUUGACCCCUAUAUCAAUGCCAAGAAUAACGACAAUGAGACAGCAUUGCACUGUGCAGCUCAGUAUGGCCAUACAGAAGUGGUGAAGGUUCUUCUGGAGGAGUUGACUGAUCCUACUAUGCGCAAUAACAAGUUUGAGACUCCUCUUGAUUUAGCUGCUCUCUAUGGGAGACUAGAGGUUGUGAAGAUGUUGCUUAAUGCUCAUCCUAAUCUAUUAAGUUGCAAUACUAAGAAACACACUCCCUUACAUCUGGCAGCUAGAAAUGGCCAUAAAGCUGUAGUUCAUGUACUUCUGGAGGCUGGCAUGGAUAAUAACUACCAGACAGAAAAAGGUAGUGCUUUGCAUGAAGCUGCUUUGUUUGGCAAAACAGAUGUGGUACAGAUAUUGCUAGCUGCAGGCAUUGAUGUGAAUAUAAAGGAUAACAGAGGCUUGACUGCUUUGGAGAUUGUCAGAGAACUUCCUUCUCAAAAAAGCCAACAAAUAGCAGCUUUCAUUGAAGACUGUACAAGAAAGAAUCUUGCAACAGCAGAGGAAAAGAGAUCGCCGCCUUUAACUGCUUCUACUGAAACUUCAGUUCGGAUACCUCAAGGGAAUGUGGAGAAAGCAGUGACAGAUCUGAUAACAGAUGUUGAUGGCAAGCCAGAAGAGUGUCCAUAUGAAGUACUAUACAAUGCAACCUCCUGUCAUUCUUUGGACAGCCUAGCCAGUGGAAGAUCCUCAGACAGAGAUUCAGUGAACAGGGAAGCUGAGAUGACUGGUAUUAAAGUGACAGGAGUGAGACCUAGAGAGCGUCCACCACCUCCUGCAAAACCUCCCCCUGAUGAAGAAGAGGAACUUGAAGAUAAAAAACAUGAUGCAUCCUCAGUGGGUUUCGUCACCAAAAGAAAAAAUAGAGGGAGCACAGCUGAUGAAGAAGAAGAACAUCCUUAUGAACUCUUGCUAACAGCAGAAACAAAGAAACAUGUUACAGUAGAUAAAAAAACAAAAGGUGAAUCACCUUUAGGUGCUGCCUGCAGUGUCCAGCCCCAGGUAUGGUCACGAAAAGGUCUAUCUUCUCAGGAUGGUCAGUGGCCACUAAAUUGCCAAGCUUCUUCCGAUUUUUCUUCUAGCCAUUCUGAACAAUAUUCAAGUCCUGAAUCUCAGUUGGUUGAGAUGCCAAAAGACCAAAAAAGGUUCAACAGAAGCCACAGCCAAGCAGAUGUCCAAGAUGCCCAGGUACUGGAUCAAUUCUCAGGUCUUCUGCAUGGUUCUUCUCCAGUGUGUGACAUAAGUGAGGACCCUUUGAGACUCAUUUCUGCUGUGGGCAAAGGAAGUACAGAAGGAACUGCUAUGCAGCUGGAAGAUGUUGAGGCUUCUGGAUCGGUACAAUCUAGUACUGCAGACCAGAAUAAAGUGGUCUAUUCAGCCAUACGCCAUAUCCGUGACAAGUUGGAUUCUGGAACUUUAGCACAUCCUCAUUUGCCACAGCACCCCGGUAGUGCUGAGGAUGGAGACAAGAGCAGUAUUGUGGGAAGAGUUCAUCCAGGAAGCAAGUCCAAAGCAGACCUCAAACUUAGCCGUAGCUUAUCAAAAUCAGAUUCUGACCUUUUGACCACCUCACCAACAGAGGACGAUACUAUGGGGAGCAGAAGUGAAUCCCUUUCCAAUUGUAGCACUGGGAAAAAAAGGCUGGAGAAAUCACCUUCCUUUGCUUCCGAGUGGGAUGAGCAGUUUCAGGAACAAGUGCCUGAUGACUCCGAAGUUCAGUCUUUCUACAAUAUUGAGAAAAUCAUGAGUUCGAUUGGUGAAGGCAUUGACUUUUCACAAGAGCAGCAAAGAAUGUCAGGUUCACGGAUGCUGGAGCAGAGUGUUGGGGAGUGGCUGGAGUCCAUCGGCUUACAGCAGUACGAAAGUAAAUUGCUUCUCAAUGGCUUCGACGAUGUCUGCUUCCUGGGAUGUAAUGUUAUGGAAGAUCAGGACCUUCGGGAAAUUGGUAUUAGUGAUCCACAACAUCGCAGAAAACUUCUCCAAGCAGCACGUUCCCUUCCUAAGGUGAAAUCUCUAGGCUAUGAUGGAACUCAACCUUCAGUCCCUGCGUGGCUUGAUUCCUUGGGGCUUCAAGAUUACAUUCAGUCAUUUCUGUCGAGUGGCUAUAGCUCUAUAGACUCAGUGAAAAACCUCUGGGAACUAGAAUUAGUAAAUGUACUCAAGGUGAAUCUUCUUGGGCAUCGUAAACGUAUAAUAGCGUCUCUGGCAGACAGACCAUAUGAGGAACCCCCACAGAAGCCACCAAGGUUCUCUCAACUAAGAUGCCAGGAUUUGAUAUCCCAGACAUCUUCACCUCUGAGUCAGAGUGACUCUUGCACAGGGAGGUCUGCAGAUCUCCUGCUGCCUUUGGAAGAUGCUGGGAAGAAGAGACAUGAGAACAUCCAUGAUAUUGCAUCUUAUCCAAGAGCAGAGAAGUUUAGGACACAGGAGGAACAUCGUGAAUCAAAGCUUACACUCAGACCUCCUAGUCUGGCAACUCCCUAUGCUCCCGUCCAGCACUGGCAGCAUCAGCCAGAGAAACUUAUAUUUGAGUCCUGCGAGUAUGAAGCCAAUUAUCUGGGGUCCAUGUUAAUCAAAGAUCUUCGAGGAACAGAAUCUACACAAGAUGCCUGUGCAAAAAUGAGGAAAUCAACUGAGCAUAUGAAGAAAACCCCAACAAUAAUAUUAUCUAUUACUUAUAAAGGAGUGAAGUUCAUAGAUGCUGCUAAUAAGAAUGUAAUUGCUGAACAUGAAAUUCGGAACAUCUCUUGUGCUGCCCAAGAUCCAGACGAUCUCUGUACAUUUGCCUAUAUCACUAAGGAUUUGCAAACUAGUCACCACUACUGUCAUGUCUUCAGUACUAUUGAUGUAAAUCUAACAUAUGAAAUCAUUCUGACAUUGGGGCAAGCAUUUGAAGUAGCAUACCAGUUGGCCCUUCAAGCUCAAAAAUCAAAAUCUCCAGCUGUUUUGACUGCAGAAAUGAUAGAAACAAAAUCUUCAAAACCAGUGCCUAAACCUCGAGUCAGCAUGAGAAAGUCAGCAGUGCCGCUCCCUUCUGAUAGUCGCUGUUGUUACUGUCAUACCUGUACCACACACCGUCCUUCCUAUCUACCGCUGCAGUCUGUUAGUCCAGGAACUAAGCUGGAGCAAUCUGAAGAGGACCAAGACUCCCAGUCCCAUGCUGGUGUAUCCUGGGUAGUAGAGCCCAAGCAGGAUUCCAAGAGGACCCUCAGCACUAAGUAUGAGACUACUAUCUUCUGAAAACAAAUCUACAUCCAACCAGUCUAACUGUGCCUUUGCAGUUUGAUCUGCCUGCUGUUCUAAACCUUCCUUUCCCCCCAUUGCUGGCACUAGGCAUGGUGCCACCAGAGGCAGCAGCAUAGGAUUAUCAUAGACUAAACAGCUUUUUGUAUCCAUUUUCUACUGAACACUGUGAAUUCUCCUAAAGGAAACAAGGGUAACACAUUGAGAGAGUCAGCUGUUUUUAGAUAUCUUGAGAUGGGAGAAAUGAAGCCUGUGGGAGUUCAAUAUAUGGAUUUGGGAAAAUCAACUGGUGUUUUUGAUUUUCUCUUCAUGUUGACACUGUGAAUAUGGAGUGAAUUUACAUUCCAUAGGGCUUUUCUGUUUAACAUUCUUGUUACUGGAUGGUUCUACAACUUUGUUCCCUUGUGUACAUACUGUUGUAAUCUAGAUUUAUAUCUCCAUACUAAGACAUGGCCACAACUGUUCCAUGUAGCAUUCUUUUACCUGUCAUCUCAAAAGACACUAAUUACUGUGAUAUUGUUUGCAAAUCUCUUGCUCACCUGAUUUCUAGCAUGAAUCCUGUUCCCAUUCUUUACUGUUUCUGGAUACCGGAAUGUAUGGUAUAAUGUAAAAGGCAGCUAGGCACCAUGAUCCCCCCCUAUUAAGCACUUUCUUUUUUCCUAGAAGUCAGACUUAAUAUAGAUAAUGUUAAACAGGAAUGUUUCAGCUCUCCAAGUAUUUCUGAUUAGUCUGUGUAGGAUUUACAGUUAGACCUUUCUGUUCAUGUUAAGCAAUCCACUUACAAUUAACUGUUAACUCACAUUUCCUGAACUUUAAUUAGAUUGCAUCUUACAAAGAUACACACUACUUGCUAUAAAUAAGGAUCAGAGGCUGAUAAAUUAUAAAAUCAAGGCAAAUGAUAGGAAAAAUGGAUGGCAUGUUAAUGUUGUAUUUAAACACAGUUAACUUUUAGAAGAAAAUAUAUCCAGAUUUUACACAGAAUAUUCCUAAAUGUACAGCAUUUCAGGCACAUUGGAGUUUUCAAAAUAUUUGUAAUUCAUCUUUCUCCAGGCAGGCCAGUAAACAGUAUCUGACUUCUUAUGUCUUUCCAACACAAAUUUUAUUUAGUUUUUUUAAACCAAAGAAUGCAAAGGUAGAUUGAAUUUUAAAUUACUGGCCUUUCACUGACCCUGAAUGCUUUCCUUCAAAGCAGCAAGCUUUGCUAUUAUUGUGGAAUUAAAUAGCCAUUUUGGACAACUCCAAACGUUCAGUUUAUUUUGCGAGAUGAACUCUAAGGUCAGCUGUCCUUGCCUACUGUCCUUCAAAUAAUUUGUUCUCUCUAACCAAUUUUCCAGUGAUAAUCCAGACAUUUCAUAUUAUUCAUAGACUGCAGAAUUACUGCAACUGAAUGACCUUAUGUAAACUACCAUACAUUUCUCACAUCUGUGGUUUAGUCAUUGACAACAGUAUAAACUUCCCUUGGUUAUGUUUCUUUUAAUGUAUAAACUCAUUCAAUCCCUAGGUUCUUUUCAUUAAUAUUGUCCCCAUUUUGUUUGCCUUCUGCCAAGCUGAACUACAGACAACCACGUUUCUCCAAGGAAAUGUAGUAAAUGAGCAGAGCUCUAAGAAGCAGUGAAAUCCUGGAGGUAUGAAGAUCAACACCCGGCUCUGGGUUGUGUCCUUGGCUGCUCAUUAAGGACUUCCAGAGUUGAGUGAAAAGAGCUCCAAGCCACAAGCUGAUAAAAGCAAUAUGCAUUUUUAGCAAAAGAACUGAAACUUCUGCAGUUAAAAGACUGAUGCCAUGAAUUUUAGUUUGAAAUGUUUUUGUUUUCUUUAUACUGUAAAAUCCUCAAUUUCAGCAUAGCAUUGAUGGAAGUGAACAACAAUAACUGCUAAAAUAAAACAUGAAUAUGCCUGUCUUAUAAUAUAGCUUUACAAUAUCUGAAUAUUAAAUCAUUUAUUCAUACUUGGCUUGGAAUAGUAAUAGGCAGAUUCCCAACUUGAUGCAAUAUUAAAUUUAUUUUGAGGUACUAGCACCUAGGCUGAAAAUUGUUCAUUCUUAAUAGUUACAGUAAUAAUUUAAAAGGGUAUCUAACUUAAAAAGAAUCAGAGAAAUUUAAAUUCUUGUCAGUUCUUGAACUAACCAGAAACCUGGUAUAAGUAAGCCUACUUAACUGUAUCAUUGCAAUUCAGCUGUUUCGUUAAAAUAUUUUUCCCUCCACACAAUUUAUAAUAACUGGACUAUGAUUUCUCACAUCUCAAUCAAAUAAUUAUAUAUUUAAAAUGUGAUUGGAUUGUACUCUGUGGUUUGAGAUUUUUUUAGAAGAUUAUUCACUGAUUAGCACUUUUUAUACUAGUUGAUAAUUUAAGAAUGCUCAUUUAAGUUCAUAAUUUAAGUAUCUUAUAAUAACAAUUACAGAGUAUAAAAAAGUGGGGAUCAUGGGCAUUAUGCUAAAACAAUUUAUUUCCUUAAUUCCACUAACAAUGACUGCUUCAGAUGGAAGCUGAACUAGAAAAUGAAUAUCUGAAGCAUUCACAGUCUUGAACACUGGCUUCAGUUCUGACUGUGAUAAAUAAAUAUCUCUAUCCUAUUCAAGAAAAAUAUAAGGAAGUGCAAAUAAUGCUUCGGUGAAUAUGAUAGCUUGAUAUACCCUGUCACUGUGUUAAUGAUUUACUUCAAUUUUUGUUACUGCUGUAUCACUAAGAUGUAAUUUAGUCUUACUCUAUUUGAUUAAAAAAUAGGAGGAAAAAGUAUCAUCCCAAAUAGUUAGAUUUGGGAAUAAUUCACAGAUGAAUUUCUUGAAACAUAACAUUCCUUUAUAUGCAUAUGUAAAUGAUAUGCUGGUGUUGGUAUAAAUAUUACUGUACCAGUAAGUCUGUUCUAAAAGAAUGCAAAUUGCAUUUUUGCUAAGAAGGAAAGGAUAGUUAGCCUUAGAACAUAUUGACAAAGAUGUUGAAAGCUUCCAACUUGCUUCUUCCAGUAAUUUGGUGCUUCCUUUCUGAGUUUACAUGGACAUAGCAAUAUCCAUGGAUGCAUCUCUGAUUAAGCAUUCCUUUUAAGAAGGCAACUCAAGCCAUUUUGGACUUGAGUUUUCCUAGUGAUUUUAGCCAUUUUUAGACUCCAAAAUAUUUGAGACUUUUCUCUCUGUGAGGUAUAAUAGCACACAGAGAAGAAUACCAUCUAUUGCUGGCACUUAAUCUGUUUAUCGGUCCAUUUAAAAUACUACACUUAUUGUAAGCAUUCUUUUUUGCUGAAAUAACAUCUCCCUGUGCUGUUUUUGCUAGAACGCCUUUUCCAAAAAGGAUAACCUAAAAUUAUAGACUUAUUUUUACUUUAUUGAGUCCAAGAUGAGAACACUUUAUACAUGCUAUGAUGGAUGAGCUACUGCUUAUCUCUUGAAUGGAAAAUCCGUUUAUGAAAAUCAAAACUUCUGUAGAGUGGGUUUCUUUUUUUUUUUUGUAUUUUUACACACUAGUGUCAGCUCACAGAAACUGGCCUUUAGACUUUCUUAGCUUGUGAGAAAAAUCCUGAAUUUGAGGUACAUGACAAUCUGCCCAGCCUUCUUUGGGAAAGAAUUCUAAAACAGCUUCAAGCAGUGAGCUGUGCUGUUCUUCCAGGCAGGUAUCUAAUGAUACCUCACUUUUUCAAUACCUUCUUUGCCUGUGAAAAUAAAAAUGCUGGGUGAUAUUUCACUCCUUCACUGCCUCUGUUUGCAUGAUCAGUAUGAAUGUCUAUCAGCAGGAUUUUCUGCUAUGCUUGCUUCUGAAGAAGGCAGGCAGAUUCUUCAUAAUAGGCAGUUUGAAUAUCAACACUUUUAUGCUAAUUGUGAUGUAUGGCAGUGGGACUGAUUUGUAAUAAAAUGUUAUUUAAUCUGUCUUUGUAUUUUGAUACUUGAACUAUUUCCUUUUUAUUUUCUGUAUAUAAAAGUUAUUCUGUCUUUUUUUUGUGGUACCAAACAUAACCAAUCUGUGCAACAACAUAGACUGACCUCACUACAACAAGGCGAGACUGUAAAUAUUUCUGAGCUUCCAACAGUCGUUUUGUUGUUUGUUUUUCAUAACUGUAUGAGUUAGAACUGAGUAAAUUAAUAAAAUUAGACAUCUCUGUA